AUGAAUGUCAUUCUGGUGGGAACUGAAGGAGUCUCAGACCCUUUGGAUUCAGACCAAGAACAUCAUACGCCAUAUGCCGAUCACUUAGGUCCAGAAAUGGAGAAGCUAAACUUGUUAUCACCAGAAGAUGGUCUUAUGUCGCUUGAUAAUGACUCCAUAGAUGGCCAUCAACAUAACGGGAACAAUGUGUGCGAUUUAGACCAUGGCCAUAAUGAUGAUGAUGAUCAUGAUGAUGACAUUGAGGAUGAUGUCCAUAAUGAUGAAAACAUCUUCAAUAGUCCAAAGAAAGAAUAUAAAAUCGGUCCAGCAUAUACUUAUAACAAGCAUAACGAAUCAAUGUUUGAUGAGGAAAGACUAUUCCCCUUUCCCCAUCCCUCGGAUCUAAUCAAAUUUGAUGAACACAACCCUGAACUUGUCAACCAAGCAACUCUCAAAGCCCUCGUGGUUCAACUCACUUCUCCUGAAGUCAUAGACUACAAUUUGGUGUGUGACUUUUUUUUAACAUAUCGUGUUUUCAUUGAUGCUGACCGUGUUAUGGCAAUGUUAAUAACCAGGCUCUAUUGGGCUCUACAAUAUAUCAAUUCCACUUCACAAGACAACAUCAACGUUGGUAAAUUGACACUUUUGAGAACUUUCGUGGUUUUACGUCAUUGGAUUAUCAACUAUUUUGUUGAUGAUUUCGAUAACAAUACAACUCUUUGCAAUUACUUUGUCACCAACUUGAAUAAAAUCACUGCAGAAUCAAACUUGGUGACGGACUCCAUGUUAUUUGAGAAGAAAAUAUUAGGAGAUUUGAAGAUUCAUUGGCUAAAUCAAAUAAGAGACUUUUGGGGGUUUACUUAUAGUCCUGAAGAUGUCCAUUCGAACAUUUUACAGUACAUAAUCCCAUUAGAAAUCCAAACAAAAAAACUAUCAAAAUCAAACACCGAAAUGUCGAUACAUACCAACCCUUCUUUUAGACGUUCAGCCAUGCUUUCACUUUAUGACUUGAAAAGUCAUCAUAAGAUGAUCAUUUUCGAUGACAAUCAAAGGCCGAUGGAUAAUCCUCAAUAUUGUAUAAAUAACUUACUACUUCAACAUCAUUCUUCAAGUUCCUCAUUGAAUGAGAAACUUAAGGGAUUUCAAGACCGGAGUGAUCCUAGUCCCAUCUUCAAUGCCAGUCCUCAAUUUGGUGGUUUUCAACAUAAUAGUGCCAAUCUCUAUCCGAAGAAACUGUAUGGUGCUAGUACUAAAAAUAUUAUCAAGAGAAAGAAACAUAAUCAUUUGAACUUAACCAACUCAUCGUUGUCUUUAAAGAAAACUACAAAAAUAUUUGAAUCUUCAACAUCCUUGCUGAAAGAUUCCCCAAGUAGAUUGGAUGCCACAGGAUUCUCAACUAAUGGUAAGAUCAAAGUUCCAACAUCAAAAGUUGAAUCAAUUUUACCCCCAACACCCGUUAAGAAGAUGGACUAUGUGCUUAACCUUCCACAAUCUAAUAGUUCUGAAAAAGUUUCUGCGGGUCCAGGGACAAAGAACAACAAUAAGGGUUUGGUGAGACCAGUAAAGCCUUCCAAUGAACAAGAAGAAGUUGUUAGAUCAAGAUCGUUGAAGAAAAUAAUGGGUAACUGGAAGAAGUCCUUCACAAAUCAUAGAGCAAAUGGAGGAGCUACGACUGAAACUGAGUUAUUGGAUAUGAUGGCCGGCUCUCCAAUGGGUCGUAGUGUUUCAACGACUUCAAUGUCCGAAAGCUCUAUACUGAUGGCACUGACUACUAUAAAUAAUAAGCCCAGUUCCAUACAUGCAACUACUUCAGAUCUGUUAGAUGGUUCUAGAGUCGAUAUCUUGAGUGCAAGAUUGAUUGACGAACUUGAGUAUCUAAUUAGGUUCUACAUGAAUCACAGCAAAAGAAAUACUCAAUUGGAUGAAGUAGAUACUUCGCCUUUAGGGAGUCACCCAGAAAUGGAUGAAGAAUGCAAAUCACUGAUUGGACCUAAUUCUCCAAAACUUAAUCAAAAAGAAGUUUUUGUUGAAAAUGAUGUGCAAAUGAAUGAUUAUGAAGAAGAAACUAGUGAGUUGGAUAUUGUUCAUAUGAGUGACCUGAUUACUCCUGAAAUUGACCACGAUCCAGAUAAUGACGACUCGAUGACUCCCGAGACUCUUGUUGACUCCAAGGACACUUCAUUCCAAAACCCAACUAAUAUUAACUGGAAUGAUGAGAAUGAGCUCAAUCUUGAGAACCUGGCAGAAUACUCUCAAGAGAUAGUACAGAAUAGCGAUGAACUAAUGAGAGUUAACAGCAAAGGUAUACAACGAAUAACUAAAACAGCAACUCAGUAUUUUGAUGUAAGUGAUGCCUUCAAUGAGCCUAAAAGUGGAAAUGAAAGUGUAAGUUUUGGAUCAUCAAUUUCAUCUCCAAGUCGCUAUGAUGCAGAAGUUCAAGAUUUGGGAAUAGCUGUUUCUCCUGAACAAAAUGUUAGAACCAUCAGCUUCAAUGAGAUGAAUUUGGUAGCUAAUCGAAUGUCGAUAAUUUCAAAGAAUUCAUCCUUCAAAAGAGAUUCAAUGAAAUCUUAUUUGAGUUACGAUUCAGCAUUUUCUAGCAGUUCCCCUGCUGCUACUAGAUUGGAAGAUAAUAAGGAGAAUGAGUAUGGUUUACGGAAAAAGACCGGUUUCAACAACUUGCGAGCUGGUAAUAAAGACCAGUCCGAACUCAGAAUACCAAGGACCACAAGCACCAAGACAUUAGAUAUUCCGUUUAAUGUUCGAGCUUCUGUGGGGUCUGCUCUUUCUAAAUCUUCGUCAUUAAGAAAGAGUGUUCGGUUUACUUGCCUUGCACUUAAUGAGUUACCGUUUUCUGAUAAUUUCGAGCUGAAUAGUCAGUUGGCAAACAAGAGUCAUUCUUUGCUAAGUGGAGGAAGUAUGAAGAAGAAGUCACUUGCUCAUCUGAUGCAUAUGUCGACUCGACUGAGCGAUAUUGCUGAUAGCUCAAUAUUUUCUGUCUCCUUAAGGGCAAUUAAGCAAAAUAAAGAUUCAGGAACCUCCAAUUCCAACGUGGCAAUUCCAGGUAUAAGUAGUGGAGUUUUAAAAGAACUUGCUUCUAUUCCAGAUGAAUCAUUUCAAAUGACAGAUCCAGUGGAAUUUGCAUUGUACAAAUUAGAAGGAAAACAUUCUCUGAUUUAUGAUAUUGAGAACCAUCGCUUUGAGGAACAGAUGAAGCACAAGGUUGAGUAUAUUCAAAGACUUCAAGAUGAUAGCUAUUUCAACGAACAGGAGGAUGAAGACGAACCUGAAGAAGAAGAUGAUGAGGAGCCUAAGAGAGUGAUUCUUAAGGAUGCUGAAUCUAAUGGCACAUAUAAUUCUUCAGAAGCAGAGUUGAUAUUCCAAGCAGGUGCUAAGGCGGAGGACUUCAAAGAUAGUGGUGGUGAAGAAGAAGAAGAAAGUGACGCAGAUGAAGCAAUCAAUAUUGAUCAUUUUGCUCCAAGGACUGUGGAAGAGGAAAUGCAAUAUGAAGUUACGCCUCAUAAUGAAAGCAGUAUGAAUACUCAAGAAGAUACUCAAGAUAUAUUAAAUGCUAUCAAUGCAGUUGAUACUCAAGACAUCAGUCAUGAUAAUUUGCCAAAUAUAACCCAGGAAGUGCCACCUUUAGUUCUUAAAAGUACCAAAGGUGAUACUCCUGUUCUGUGCUCGACUCCUAAUGCAUCAAUGUCAGAAGACUCCAACAAAACACAGGAGAACCUAUCUAACCGUAAUAGUCAAAAGGAAUCUCCAAGAACAGUUCUUGAUAGUUAUCAAUUAUCUAAAGAUAUCUUUUCAACUGAUAAUGUUCUUGAAGCCAACAGACACAUUUCGUUUGUGUUAAGUUACGGUUCUAAGGCCUUGGCUGAUCAUUUCACGUUAAUUGAAAGAGAUAUGUUGCAAGAGAUUGACUGGAAGGAGUUAAUUGAAUUGAAAUGGAACAAAGAAUUAACCCCAGUGAACAGUUGGUUGGAAGUUAUUAUAAACGAUAGCUAUUAUACAGGGUACCGUGGAGUGACAUUAGUAAUUGCUCGGUUCAAUUUGAUGGUGAAUUGGAUUAUUUCCGAAUGUUUAUUAACCAAAUAUCAAAGUGAAAGAAUCCAUUUGAUUUCCAGAUUAAUCCAUGUGGCUCAAAACUGUUAUACUCUUCAAAACUAUUCUACGUUGAUGCAGAUUAUCCUAGCAUUGACCUCCGAAAAGGUUCAACGAAUGAAAGAGACUUGGAAAUCCUUACCUCCGGGGGAUAUUCUUAUGUUGAAGAACUUGGAAGAGUUGGCAUCACCUAUCAAGAACUUUUUAAACAUCAGACUUAGUAUCAACCAAAUUAAACCAUCCAAAGGUUGUGUACCAUUUGUUGGAUUGUAUUUAUCUGACUUGAUCUUUAAUGAAGAGAGACCUACCUUUGUCAAGUCAACCAUUGCACCUAAUCAUACUGGAUCAUCGAAUAAAGAGUCUACUACUAUCAAUACGUCAUCAUUGGCUCCUCCUAACAUGUCGUCGAUGCUUGCUACAGAAGUUGCUUCUACGGUAUCAACCAUUGAUUCUGAUAACGAUAAUUUGAAGUUGAUUAACUUUUCAAAGUAUCGGACAUCCGUUCACAUUGUUAAAUCGCUUUCCCAAUGCAUUGAAUGGUCGAAUUCUUAUGAUAUUCAAGUGAAUCCAGAGUUAUUAUCCAAAUGUCUUUACAUUAAGUCUCUUGAUGAAGACGAAAUGAACUACUGCUUAAGUCACAUUGAGAACUAA